AUGGCAGGAUUACUUAAUAAAUUGAUCCCACUUGCUUUAACAGUUGGUACUGGUUUAUCAUUGAUUGAAGGUUCAAUCUAUAAUGUUGACGGAGGACAAAGAGCAGUUAUAUUUGAUAGAAUAGCAGGAGUUAAAGAUGUAGUAGUUGGGGAAGGUACACAUUUCAUCAUUCCAUGGCUUCAAAAGCCACACAUUUUCGAUGUUAGAACUACACCAAGAACCAUCAAAUCAGAGACUGGUUCAAAGGAUCUUCAAACCAUCAACAUUCAACUUCGUGUAUUAUUUAGACCAGACACUGAAAAGUUACCACAAAUCUUUUCUAAACUUGGUAUGGAUUAUGAUGAAAGAGUUUUACCUUCACUUGGUAAUGAAGUAUUGAAAUCCGUAGUAGCACAAUAUGAUGCAGGAGAAUUAAUUACACAAAGAGAAAUUGUAUCAAGAGAGAUUCGUGAAGCAUUGACAAAGAGAUCAAGAGAAUUUAAUUUAAUGUUGGACGAUGUAUCGAUUACACAUCUUUCGUUUUCCCAAGAUUUCACAAGUGCCAUUGAACACAAGCAAGUAGCUCAACAAGAAGCUGAACGUUCCAAAUACGUAGUCAUGAAGAAUGAACAAGAGAAAAAGGCUGCCAUCAUUAGAGCAGAGGGUGAGAGUGAGGCUGCCAAACUCUUGUCUCAAGCAAUGGCAUCGGGUCCAGGUUUUAUCGAAUUACGUCGUAUCGAAGCUGCCAAGGAAAUCGCAGAAUCUCUCGCAAAGAAUAGUCGUGUCACUUAUCUACCAAAUUCUGGUAACAUGCUGUUAAAUUUAAAUACUUCAAAUAAAGAGAUCAUAACCGAUCGAUAA